UGCGAGGCUGAGCUGCACAGUCCCCGCCCUAGGACUGGGAAGAGCGCAGAAAAUCAGCACCUCAGCUUAGGUCUGGGUUGUCCUAGGUCCCGGUCCUCCCCUGGAGCCUUCCCUUCCUCCUUCGGCCUCCCCACAGGCCAGGCUCACCUACAGACCGGUGAGACACCCCCACAGCCAAGAGUCGACCAGAACCACACAGACCGCCCGCCCAUGCACUUCCGCUUCCGGUCUCGCGGCCUCUGGGAGCGGAAGUGGCUAGGACUCCGGCUCUCGGGACCGGAGAUCCGGGACUCCUCCUUAGUCGGGGAAAGACUGAGCCGCCUCAGACUUUCAGUCUCUGAAGAGAAAUUCUCGUUUCCUUCUCCAGGAAUUGAGGUCACGGCUAUUGCCAUUGUGCUGAGGUUCCUGAUUGCUGUUACUUGUGCUUUAAUAAUUUUUUUUGGCUGUGAAAACCUGAAGAAAGAUGGACCAGUAUGAUAAGUCCAGUAUUUUGAGGGACAAAGAGUGCAUUUAUGAUGAGCUGCCACCCAGUAUUGAAAAAUGGGGAGACAAAAUACUGGAGCACUCACCAAAAGUGGUGUCUAAAAAGUCCUGUCCAAUUGCACUGCCUUGAGAGCUUCUGGGACAUAAAGGAACACAGGAGGCAGUGACCUUUGAGGAUGUGGCUGUGAACUUCACCAUGGAGGAGUGGGCUUUGCUAGAUCCAUCCCAAAAGAAGCUCUACAGAGAUGUGAUGUGGGAAAACUUUAGGAAUGUGGCUGCUAUAGGAAGAAACUGGGAUGACCAGCAAAUUGAAGAUGAGUACAAAAAUUGCAGGAGAAAUUUAAGAAGUGAAGGAGAGAAAUGCUGUCAAUAUAAAUUAUGUCAACAACAUGGAGAAACGUUUUUUUGGACUCCAGAUACUAAUGUGCACAUGAAAGUGGUUGGUACCAAACCAGGUGAAAGCUUUGCUUAUAGAAAGCCCCUGAUUAAUCAUUCAUUGUCUAAUGUCCCCAUCAUGGCCAACACUAGACUGGAAUCCUAUGAGUGUCAGGGAUUUAAAGAGAUGCUAUCUAACAAACAUGGGAACACCUCCACUGCCUUCCAGUCCUUUCAGAAACAAACAAAAGCAAAUCCUAGAAAUAAACCCUAUGAAUAUAAGCAAGGUGGAAAAUCCUACUCUACAGACAUUGAAAGAAGUAACACUGAAGAGAAACCUUUUGUAUAUAAACAAGAUAUGAAAGCCUUCAGUACAACCAACUUUGUUCAAAUCUGUGAAAGAAAUCACAGUGAAGUAAAUACCUAUGUAUGUAUACAAUGUGGAAAAGCUUUUAAUUCUCUCCAUGACAUUCAGAUACAUGAAAGAGCUCACACUGGAGAAAAACCCUAUGUGUGUAAGCAGUGUGGGAAAGCUUUCAGCACACACAGUCAUUGUCAAAGACAUGAAAGAACUCACACUGGGGAGAAGCCCUAUGUGUGUAAGCAGUGUGGGAAAGCUUUCAGAACACACAGUAAUUGUCAAAUACAUGAAAGAACUCACACUGGGGAGAAGCCCUAUGUAUGUAAACAAUGUGGGAAAGCCUUCAGCAGACAAGACAAUUGUCAGACACAUGAAAGAACUCACACUGGGGAGAGACCCUAUAUAUGUAAGCAGUGUGGGAAAGCUUUCAGAACAUACAGUCAUUGUCAAAAACAUGAAAGAACUCACACUGGGGAAAAGCCCUAUGUAUGUAAGCAGUGUGGGAAAGCCUUCAGCAGACAAGGUAAUUGUCAAAAACAUGAAAGACUUCACACUGGGGAGAAGCCCUAUGUAUGUAAUCAAUGUGGGAAAGCUUUUAGCACACUUGGUAAUUGUCAAAUACAUGAAAGAACUCACACUGGGGAAAAACCCUAUGUAUGUAAACAAUGUGGGAAAGCUUUCAGGACGCAUGGUAAUUGUCACAUACAUGAAAGAACUCACACCGGGGAGAAACCUUAUGUAUGUAAGCAGUGUGGUAAAGCUUUCAGUAGACGCUGUACUUACCAAAAACAUGAAAGAAUCCACACUAGGUCAAAUCCCUAUGUAAGUAAGCAAUGUGGGAAAGCUUUCAACACACAUGGAAAUUGUCAAAUACAUGAAGGCCUCACACUGAGUAGAAAUGUUGUAUAUGUAACUAUAUGGCAGUGCAUUCAGUACGCAGGGAUAUUGUCAAAUACAUGAAAGAAAUUAUACCAGAGAGGAACCCUGUGUACACAAGCAAUGUGGAAAAGUCUUUACUUCAGUCAUCAUCAUGUACAUUGAAAAAGUAAGAACGGAGUUGACUGUAAAUAUAUAAAGGGAUUAUACUGACAUGAAAAGACUCAUAGUAGAGGCAAACCUUUUCUUUGUAAGCAAUAUAAAGUCAAUAUAAACAGGUAUCAUUACAUACGUGGAAAUAUUCAUAGUAGAAUCUGAACAUAUGUGAGCAGUGUGGAAAAUGUUUAAUUUUUCUCAAUGCAUUCAGAUACAUGAAAGAAUUCACAUGGGAAAGGAGCCAUAUGUAUAUAAUCAAUAUGGGACACCCUUCAAUUUUUUCACUUAACUUGAAAUAUGUGAAGGAAUUCACACUAAAGAGAAACCCUAGCUUAGUAAUGUGAGAGCAUUUUCUGAUUCUAUUCUCUCAGAAAAUGUGUGCAAAUUCACAAGAAGCAUCAGUAUAAAUACAGACUAAGAAGUCUUUUUUUUUUGUCUUGGUACCAGGGAUUGAACUCAGGACCUUGUGCUUGUGAGGCAGGCUCAGGCACCACAGCCAAAUCCCUGGCCCGAAAUCUUCAUUUUUACAUGACUUCCGAUGCAAACAUGGAACUGCAUAGUGGAGAAACAUAUCAAUGUAUAUUUUGUGGGGACACCUCUAUACCCAUUUUGGUGUUAUUCAUAUUAGAAAUGAACACAGCAUUAUGAGAAACCAUUUAUAUAAGGGGUAUACACAGUUGUUCAGUUAUCCUACAUGUAAAAUUCAUAUCAGGUCAGAACCCUAUGAACAUACAAAGUUCCCAGUUGUAACUUAUAUUUAAAACUCCUUUGAACAUUUCUCAUGUAGUGCAAACCUAUACAGGUAAGUUAUAUGAAAAUAAAAUAUGAAUUAUUUUUCCAGAAAGUGCACAACUAGAGAAGAUGUCCUAAAAUAUAAAUAAACUUUUUUUUUUUGUACUGGAGAUUGAACUCGGGACCUUGCACUUGCCAAGCAGGCAACAGAACCACUGAGCUAAAUCCCCGGCCCAAUAAACUCACUCUUUAAAUAUAUCUGGAUUACAUAUUUCAAAGUUCUCUUGUAAAUAUACUCAUAUAAUUCUGUAUGUUCUUAUAAGCAAUAGUAUGGGAAUCUAAUGCUAUCUUUUCAUUAACUGAUAAGUCAUUAUUUUGCACCAUGUUAGAUGCACAGGUGAAUUGAAAUGUAUCUCUUAUAUGCCCAUAGGUUACUAUUUUUGUAGGUCAUCUUUUGUCUCCUCUGUUUUGUUGUUUUUUUGUUUUGUUUCUAAAAAUUGUGGCAUACUAUGACCUGAAAACUGAAUUUUGGCUAAUUGUAAUUUUACCAGUAGCCUUUAUGUAUUUAAAGUUUUGAUGCAUAUAGUCCAUUUUGCCAUUUUUCUAACAAAGGUAUUUUUAAUUGGAUGCUAUUUUGUAAUUAUAAUGUAUAUUUUUAAAAAAAUCUUUGUACAUGUGUUUUACAUUGUUUAACUGUUUUCAAACAUCUUGUAGACUAGCAAACAUUAUGUUCCAUAUUAUGAGAAGAUAUCUGUAUGUAUUCCAACAUAAUUAUAGAUUAUAUGCAGUAUAUAAUUUUGCCUGUUUUUUUCUCUGAUACAAGAGCCAUUAUAAUGUGUAUAAAAUUUUAGAUUUUUUUUUUAAAUCAAAAA